UCUGUCGUUGGAGGUGAAUCUAGGGUUUCUAUAUUUUGUCCGACCCUUCUCUCAAUUUCAACCUUUGGAACUCUCCUCCUCGUAAAUAUCGAUCUUAUUUAUUAUUUGAACAUAGAGAACCAGAUUCGGCAGAGAUUUCUAUCCGGUGCAGGACAAAGUCAAAUUCCUCGGUUGUUCGCUGUCACACCUUUGUUAUCCUGCUGGACCUGCUCAGGCUGCUCUUAAUCCAUCAGUGGAAUUCUAUUCACUGUUACUUCUUGAAUCAUCUUCAGGAAUUCGUACUCAAAGUCUAAUUUUAAACGUCAAUGGCUGUUGCAGGAGAUUCGAUCUGUGUAUCUCGUCAGUUCUUAGCCAAGAACCAGAGUGCUAUGUUACUGAACCAUUUUUUUGGUGUUUCAGUUCGUCUGCCAAGGAGUCCACCUCAUCUUGCAAAAUUUAAGCUUACACGUUCUGUUGGAAUUCGGCCGACUAUGCGUGUUGGUGUGGAGGAGGAGAGGCGGGUUUUUCAUUCCUCCCGUCUCUUGGAGGGGACCUUGGGAUUUGAUGUAGUGUCCGAGGCAGAGUUGAAGGAAAAGGGAUUUCUUGGUAUGAGGAAGACGAAGCUCGUUUGUACUAUCGGUCCUGCUUGUUGCUCUUUCCAGGAGUUGGAAAGAUUGGCAAUGAGAGGAAUGAAUGUUGCGAGGCUUAACAUGUGUCAUAACACGCGGGAAUGGCACUGGAACGUAAUUAGGAACAUUAAGAGGCUGAAUGAGGAAAAGGGGUUUUGCAUUUCGGUGAUGAUUGACAUUGAAGGCAGCCAGAUGCACAUGGUUGAUCACGGAGUUGCUUCAUCUAUCAAAGCUGAGGAUGGGUCAAUCUGGUUGUUUACCACGCAAAAGUUUAAAGGUUCUCGUCCAUUCACAGUUCAGGCAAACUAUGAAGGAUUUUCUGAAGGUAUAAAUGUGGGGGAUGAGCUCGUUGUUGAUGGUGGGAUGACGAGUUUUGAGGUUAUUGAAAAGGUCGAUAAUGAUCUUCGUUGCAGGUGCACUGACCCUGGUCUGCUCCUACCGCGGGCCAAACUGAGCUUCUGGAGAAACGGGAAACUCGUAAAGAAGAAUUUUGGGAUCCCUACCCUAUCAACAAAGGAUUGGGAUGAUAUUGAUUUUGGAAUUUCUGAAGGAGUGGAUUUUAUUGCGAUGUCAUUUGUGAAGGAUGCUAAUGUUAUCAUGAAUCUAAAGAACCAUUUAGCCACAAAAUCUUCAGACUUCAUUAAAGUUUUGGCGAAGAUUGAGAGCUUGGAGUCUCUUGAGAACUUGGAAGAUAUCAUACAGGCCUCUGAUGGAAUUAUGGUUGCACGUGGUGAUCUGGGAGUGGAGAUUCCGCUUGAACAGAUUCCCUCUGUCCAGGAGAAAAUAACUCAAGUUUGUAGGCAACUAAACAAGCCUGUGAUAGUAGCUUCCCAACUUCUUGAGUCAAUGGUUGAGUAUCCUACACCAACACGUGCUGAGGUUGCAGAUGUUUCUGAGGCCGUUCGGCAGUAUGUUGAUGCCUUGAUGUUAUCUGGAGAGUCUGCUGUUGGGUCAUAUGGUGAGAAGGCUCUUUCUGUUUUACAGAUGGCAAGUAGCCGUAUGGAGUUGAGGAGUCUUGAGGAAAACCGACAUAGUCUCAUUUCCGAGUAUCCACUAGGAGUGUCAUUGCCUGACCGGGUUGCUGAACAAAUUUGCAACCGUGCUGUGGAGAUGGCAAACAACCUUGCUGUAGACGCUAUCUUUGUGUACACAAAGCAUGGCAAUAUGGCAUCACUUCUCUCACGUAACCGUCCAAAUCCUCCCAUAUUUGCAUUCACCAAUGAAAACUGCACUAGGAAGGCUUUGAAUUUGUGGUGGGGGGUCUUUCCCCUUGGUGUUGAAUUAUCAGUUGACAUGGAAGAUAAUAUCGGGAAAACAUUUAACCUUAUGAAGACAAGGGGAAUGGUGGAAGAGGGAGAUGUGGUUUUGAUUGUCUCGGAUGUUGUCCCAACUUGUUCAACUCAUUCUGUAUUCCAGUCGAUCCAGGUAAGGUCUAUAAAUUAGCAUGUUGGUUACUUCCACUUGAAAAAUGCCUUGUUGUAGUGCUUGAUGAUUCAACUGUAGUAUUAAUUGUCAAGGUCAUGCCCAAUUUGCACCAGCCAAGUGUGUAUGCUGUAAAAUGCAUGUUGGUUAUCUUUUACAUGUAUGCUGUAAAAUGCAUUGAAUGUCAUGACGUUACAGAGUGGAAAUUUAUAUUUCAAUUGAUAGGAUAAUUAUUUAUUUUCUUUUAACUUCAUCAACUGUGUUUGUAUCUCCAUUGUGCUUUUUCUUUGCCAAGACAUAGUAUGCUUGGUAUUUUGCCAAUAAUCGACAAUAACUUGAGAGAAAGAAUGGUGUUGAGGUC